CUUCCCGGCUUGCUUUGCAGAAGCAGUGUGUAUGUUUGGAGGGGUCAGGACUCUUCUUGUUGGACGUUUUCACAGUUUGUAACAUUGUUACGAUUCGACUGUAGCAAUGAAGGAUGUCAUCGGGUACCUCAAACAGCAGCAGAGCAGGAGCUCCACUCCUGAACUGGCCACAGAGUGGCACACGCUGGAAGAGCUGCACAACAAGAAGCUGUGGCACCAGCUGACACUCAAACUGACCGUGUUUGUGCAGAACCCUUGCUUUGCUGCUGGAGAUGGCUUACUCAAGCUGUACGAGAAUUUCAUCAGUGACUUUGAACACAGAAUCAAUCCAUUAUCCCUCGUAGAAAUUAUUCUCCAUGUGGCAAGACAAAUGACGGAUCCCAAUGUUGCCAUUAGUUUCCUAGAGAAGACAAAGGAGAAGGUCAAAAGCAGUGACGAAGCUGUAAUUCUCUGUAAGACAGCCAUCGGAAGUCUGAAGCUGGAAAUAAAUGACCUUCCAGCGACAAAGAAGUUAAUCGAAGAGGUUGAAGAAAUGCUGAAUAACUUGCCUGGGGUGACAUCAGUCCAUGGGCGGUUUUAUGAUCUCUCCAGUAAAUACUACCGCAUCAUAGGGAAUCAUGCAUCCUACUACAAAGAUGCUCUGCGCUACCUGGGCUGUGUAGAUGCCAAGGACUUGCCAGAGGCCGAGCAGCAGGAGAGAGCCUUCACCCUGGGGCUGGCUGGGCUCUUGGGAGAAGGGGUGUACAAUUUUGGAGAGCUUCUGAUGCAUCCAGUACUGGAGUCCCUGAGGAGCACAGACAAGCAGUGGUUGAUAGACACGCUGUACGCUUUCAACAGUGGGAAUGUUGAGAAGUUUCAGGGUUUCAAAUCAGCGUGGGGACAGCAGCCUGAUCUUGCCGCCCAGGAGUCCAGGCUGAUGAAGAAGAUCCAGCUGCUGUGUGUAAUGGAGAUGACUUUUACCCGUCCAGCCAAUCACAGACAGCUGACAUUUGACGAAAUUGCCAAGAGUGCCCAAAUUCCUCUUGAUGAGGUGGAGCUCCUUGUGAUGAAAGCACUGUCCGUAGGGCUGAUAAAAGGCAACAUUGAUGAGGUGGAUCGGAGAGUUCACAUGACCUGGGUGCAACCAAGAGUCCUGGACCUGCAACAGAUUAAAGGGAUGAAAGAUCGGCUGGACCUGUGGUGUGGAGAUGUGAAGGACAUGGCCAUGCUGGUGGAGAGCCAGGCCCAUGACAUCUUGACAUAAGGCAGCUAAGCAUCCUGGGAAGAUAUUGUGUGUUGUCAAUAACCUGCAUCAUGGCAUCUUGGGGUGUUUUUUUUAAAAAAAAAACGAUGUGGGAAUUCUCUCAUACAGUUUUUAUGUUUUGGAAUAGUGACUUUAAGUGAUAAAGAACAGCAGCACUCAGUACCAGAUAAAAUAAGAGGACCUAUUCAAGGUUUGUUUUAUAUAAUACUUUGGGUGCCAUAAUAUGGCUUUGUUAUUUUUAAUUUUUAAUGUGUUCCUUACAAAACCAUCUUCUGGACCAUACUCAUUUUUUUUUGUUUUGCAUUCUCAAGGAGAAUUGAUUUCCACAAUAGAUUUAUGUAGUCAUGUACUUUACCAAGGACAGCCAUAUCCUAAACCAGCAAACUGCACAAUGUAAAUCAUCACUUCCCUGUUUCAUAUUUGGGUUUGUGGAAAGAAACAAAAGCUGCAUAAACUGUCAAUUCACAUCAUGUAAUAUUAUUGCUUUUUAUACUGUACAUGAUCAAAGUAUCACAGACAAAAACUAAUACAGUAACUGAAUUGAUAAUACUCAGAAUUACUGGUGUUUAGACCCAAUAAAAUAAGCCCAUUCAACCAUGCCAUUAAUUUUAUCUUCAUAAUUUUUUUGACUUUUAAAAAAAAAUGAGUGGCACAUCUGAAUCGUCAUGGAAGAUGUUCUGCGGCAGUUGUGCUGAGCAGAUUGGUUCAUCAUCAUUUGCUGGGUUUUCAUGGUCAUCUUCCAUUCAUGUGUUGAAGAGCACCUUGUUCUCUCAUGGGUUAUUCAGGCUCUGCAUGGUAGUCUGUCAUCCCAGCUCCUGUUCCACGCAGUAGGGGCCACAGAAGAAAGCUACCAGCACAGUGAUGACAUGGCAGGAGAAAAAAAUGAAAGAGUUUGUGCACUCCAUUUUUAAACUUUUUUCACACACUAAAAAUGAAUGACCUUUGAUCGAAAGAUACAUUUUUAAAAUAGAUCUUUCUUCUGUGCCGCAGGAGAAAUUUUAAUCUUUUUUUAAAGGUUUUAAAACAUAAGACACAAACUUUACAGUCAGAUGCUGGUCUUCUGAGCAAAGUCAUUAGUGUUUUUUUUCCUGCCAGGCUGGGCUGCAUUGUCCUGCCCAUGCCCAGAGAGGGACACGCCCGAUCUCUCUCUGCUCCGGGCUUUUUAUUCAAUGGAAAACAGUCUGUCAGUUUUAGAACACAUUUUCAAAAUCAAAUAAAAUGUAUGCAUGUUUUCCAAA